AUGCUGGGGAGUAUAACCACUCAGUGCUGUGCUAUGAGCAGGCUCUCCAGGCCCAGCUGGGUUUUGAGCAGGCCCUGAGGAGGAAGCACGCUGUCCUCUGUCAGCAGAAACUGGAGCAGCGCCUGGAGGCCCAACACAGGUCUCUGCAGCGCACGCUGAACGAGCUGAAGGAAUACCAGAAACAGCAUGACCACUACCUGCGUCAGCAGGAGGCCCUGGACAAAUACAAGCUACUGCAGGAAGAGCAGAUCCUCCGCAACAUCAUCCACGAGACCCAGAUGGCCAAGGAGGCACAGCUGGGCAACCACCAGAUGUGUCGUCUGGGCCAACAACAGAGCAGCCUGUUCUGCCCCUUGGACCUGCCGGUGCGUUAUCACCGUGGAGACCUGUUUGAGCACGUCCACCACAUCCAGUUUGGAGAGGAGGUCUCUGUGGCGGGCAGCGUUGCUCUGGUGUCGGAGCCAAGCACCAACCAGACCACCAGCUCACACUUCCACCCCUCUGUGUCCGGAGACCCUGAGCCUGCAGCCCUCUGGGGCCACCAGGCCUCCCCCACCGAAGACAUUCAGAGGCUGCUGUGGCCUCGGAGGGCAGACUGUGCUGAUGAGUUUCCUGUCAUCCCCCCCGCCCACCUGCUACCCACCUUCUACCUCCCACCUGAGACACAGGGCCCCAGCCUCCAGACGGUGCUGUACGGUACCGGACCCCCUCCCUCCUCCCUGGCUUCUCCAGACUGUGGCCCUGUGCUCCAGCCCCCUCCAGCUGACCUGCCUGCUUCUGUGGGCUGGACCUUGGAGGACAAGGAGCUGCCAGACCCCCACGCCACCCAGGUACUGCUGUCUCGCAGCAGAGGCUGGAGUUUGGAGCAGGCUGGUGCCAGUAUAGCCCGAGCCAUGAAGAAGGAUAGCGCCCCUGGCUGGUUGCUCCAGAACGAGGCGGCGUUGUUCUGGCGGGCGAAGAGUAACGGUACCAGCUCGCUGCAGUGUCUGCGCCACUCCCUGGCCUCGGCUCCGCCCACCCAGCGCCACCUGCCCCUCGUCAACGCUGCCAAUCUGCUUCUGCGCCACGGCCUCAGUGCGCACGCACACACUCUGCUGGAGGACGCCCUGGCACUCAACGCCUCUGAG